CCUACCAAGAUAGGGGUGGCACUACGAAGCCAGAGUGCCAGUGGCCCUUUCGGGAGCGUGACGUCCUUCAGCUCCAUUUUGAAAGAGGUUCUUUGGCCUCUUUUCUCCCUCUCGUUCCCUCCUUUUCCUUGCGUCGUGAGGAAGUUUAUUGUUUAGAAUGUGUGCUCGGUAUUUACUUUCGCUGAGGGGGGCGGGGCAGCCUCUCGGGGCGCUGGCGGUAAGAUGGGUCAUCCUCUCUCUCCUAAGCGCCGCUUGCUCUGCAGAUUUUACUGCACUGAAGGAAACGGCCCCAGGAUGUAAGGGCACUAGUGAAUACCUCGAGUGCAAUGUAGUCAACUACACCGAGUAUCGCAACACGAUCGAAAACAAGUCAACAAUCGCCACUGGAGGAUAAGAUCUUGACAAAAUGCAAAAAAAGGGGGUGAAGUUCGACAAUGACGACUGGACGAGAAAGUCCACUAGGAAGAUCGCAGUAACGGGAGCGAAGGCCCUUCAUCUGAUCUCCCAGCAAGGCGUGAGCGGAAUAACUUGGAAUUUCGUCAACUGUUCGGGCGUGAGAGUAGACGAUCCGAACAGUUCUCCACUCACCAAGCUGAGCGUUACUCACUCGGAAGUGACGGAUAUCAGCAGGAUCGACGGGGUCCUUAAAGGAACCGAGUCCGUCUUCAAGAGGGUAAAUAUCGACAACCUUGAGCAGUUUGAUUUCGUCCAGUCACAGAUUUCCGAACUGAAUAUCCGCGCCACAAAGACAAAGUCUACGAUCAAUGGGUCUCGAGUGGAGGUCAUGAACUUACAGGUCAAAGGUCCGUUCCUCUUCGAGAUAAUAGAAAGCACCAUCAAGGAGAUCAAAAAGCUGAUCUAUGACACGACGGAUACUAACUCCCGCAUCGUCGAAACGGAGAUCGGGACCAUAGGACGAGAGAGCUUCGUGGUUUCCGGCAGUAAGCUGCUGCUGGAGAAUGUCACCAUCACGACACUGGCUUCUAGGGCUUUCCUCGUCCGCAGCGCCCUCGUCUUGCAGAACUGCCAGAUCCAGAAUGCCGUUUUCGACAGCUUUGUGCUGGAAGAUGGGAGUAUCGACUUACAGAACGUGAUGAUUGGGGACAAGACUGUGUCGUUCGCCAUCGACAAAGCCAGCGGGGGACUGUUUGUGUUAGCGCUCAUAUUUCCUCAAUCCUCAAACGUAACUGGACUUGCUGUAGGGAUAUCGCUUAGUCUCAUCUUUGGUAUCCUUUGCGGUGCAGGCUUGGCGUACCUGAUCCUGCGAUGGAGAAAGCAAGGCCAGGACCGGUCGCAGGAUAACAUGGAGUUGCUUCCGAGCAAGAAGGAGUCCAUUCCCACUCUUCCCUCCAACCCCCCGCCGCCCACCCCGACGCCGCAGCACCAGUCCCUUCAGGAGGAAAAGGACCUUGGCGAUGACGAAAUCUACGAGGAAUACGAUGAGGUCACCAACCAAGCUCCCGCACCUCCGAGGAGCGUCAACCUCCUGCCGGGGAGCAACUUCCUCAGACCUUCCGACAACCUCUCGCCUCCGGCCGGCGUGCACUCGAACGGCGGCCCUCCUGCCACUGGCCUCGCCCCUCCGGAACCUCCCCGGCGAGACAACAAACCCGCUCCUCAGCCUCCAAGCAGGGACGGCCCUCCUCUCCCGACCAACCUCCCGCCGCUUCCGCCCGCCGCUUCCCCGGCCCCUCGGCCGCCGCCCAUUUCAGAGAACAAGCCACAGCUGCCUAAACCCAUCAGCAGACCUGAAGAGACGUCCUCAGCAGGUGACAACGACCUGGAGGUCUACGACGAGGUCAGUGAGCAGGUCCCGACACCGCCGCCCACUGCCCAGCGGCCUCCGAUCCCCGCAGGCAAACCGUCCUUCCUCCACAAGAGCAACGCAGCCCAACCCAGCCCGCGGUCGCCCCCUGGGACCGACCCCGAGAAGCCACGCUUCGGACUCCCAGGGAUGCCAAAGGGACGAGUCGACCCGCCCGGGCCGAGAGCCCCGGCAGGCUCAGCAGGGCCGGCGGCUCCCGGGGCUCAGCCGUGGGGGAAGCCGCGCGCUCCGCACUGGCCUCCCGGCACGCCCUCCAGGCCGCCGCCGCCGCCCUCCGAGCUGAAGCCUUCGUCGGGGAGUAUCACUGCCGACGACGACGACGAAGACAUCUACGAAACGGUCCCUGAGUGAUUUGUCGGAAGAGGGAAAGUCGGAGGUGAGAACAGAAAACUGAAUACGUUGCAAGUGGAGAGGGAAAAUAUAUCCACACACACACACACACACACACACACACACACACACACACACACACACACACACACACUCACACUCACACUCACACUCACACUCACACUCACCCUCACCCUCACCCUCACACUCACACACACACACACACACACGCGCGCGCGCGCGCGAGUGUCUCUGUACAUAUAUCUGCAUACUUGAAGUAUGUUUUGGUGGUAAAUAAGCCUACCAUUCGAUGUGACAAGAAACUGGACAACAACAAGAAAGCUGUCACUCAGGCAUCACAUAAAAAGAAAAGAAAAGAGAAAAAACACGAGUGCCAUGCGAAUAAAAAAUUACUGUACAUAAGCCUCUCUUCCUCCUGUUCAUUAUGUCGAAGUACAAAAUAGAUGUUAUCUACCUGGGUACUUUCCCUCGCUUCUUACUUUAUCAGUUAUGUGUAUUGAUUUUUCUCUCUUUUUUUGUAGUCGAUAUUCUUUGUUUAUCUCUCUUAUGUAUAUAUAUAAUUUCCUGCUGGGCAGAAUGAAGCAUUCGUAGCCUACUUGCUAUAGUCAAUCUAGUUUUAAUUGUAAGUAACCGAUAAAUUAAAAGCUCUCUUUUAUUA